AUGCCGAACAAAGCCCUGGUAUUCCUCAACUCGUCCACACAGAACUUGAAUGCAUUCCACUUCUCACAAUAUCAGAAUUCCUUCCUUGCAGUAAUUCGUCUGGUGGCGUACGUGCCUGUCCGCGACACGUCUCUGCCAGGUGACUACCGUAUCCUUCUUGGCGAGACUUUCAAAGAUGACCACGAAACAGCGAUCAAAAAUAUCAGUGUGAAGUACAACUGGAUUCCCAAGAACGGUUUCCAGAACAGUUUUGGCACAAUCAAAACUACCGGAGACGAUGUGUCUUUAAAUUAUGAGCAUGGGCACGACGCGUACGAUUACGAUGGUUGGGUUCUAGAAGAGCCAGAUCACGAACAGCUGGCAUUAGUCUGGAAUGCCGAAAAGUCUGCAUUCAUAUUGGAGAAACUAGACUUGUCGUUAGAGGUCAACAUUCAAGCUGGCACCAACAUAACAUCUGAAUUUGUAAAGCGCCAUGGUAGACUGGAACGACAAGCUGGCCACGACUUGCACGGCCAAGACACAGUGGACAAUCUCUUUGCCACAGAAGAAAGCGGAAACCCUGAUGCAUCCAAUCCCUUUGAUUUCAGACACUUCCUCGAGGAAGCCAAGGAGGCGACAGAAAAAGCAGGUCAUCGUACUGGUGGUGGUCGAACACCAGUCCCCGGAGCACGAACACCAAUGAGUGGUCUCUCGAGUCCACUUCUGGGAGCAGGUCAUCAUCCUCUCCGCCCGUUGACACCCGCUGUCGGAUCGAUAGAGAUCAUCGAUGCUACAGACCGAGAAAUGAAUGAGUAUCCAGAUCGUCGACGGCAGAAGGCUCUCAAGCCAUCGAAGCUGAAAACUAAAGUGACACGAAAACCAGCAUCUUUCACGAAAGCAAAAGGUGUCCCACAGAGUCACUCGAAGGAAGUUCUGUCAUCUGAAAAGGUAAUCGACUCCGACUCCGAUUCCGACGCUUCUGAUCGUCCUUCGAUCGCCGCCACAGUUCCUCGCAAAACAAUCAAGACUCAGAACAGAAAGAGAUCGAGUGGUUUGAUACCUUCCAAGGACAAAGGUGACGACAGUGAUCCUGAUAUGGAUUCUAGCUCAGCUCCCAAAGCAAGCCAUACUCCACAAGUAGACGUCGAAAUGCCUGAUAUCGACGACGAAAACAUGAAAUAUUUCCAAGACAUCGACGACGAAGCGGAGAACGAUGGUGACGUAGACGAGUUGAUCCUCGACGAACCCACAGAACCUACAACACCACCGCCACCACCACCCACGAAAGAACUCAAACAGAAAAAGAGGCGACAGAGCAGUACGUCAAAAGCACAAAAAGUGAAAGCACCUUCACCUUCACCACCAUUAUUACAGCACGAUAGCAUUGACGAGGACGACCUUGCUGCAGAGCUGGAAGCAGAGUUGGCUGCUCAGCAGGAAGGAGAUGAUAGCGAAGGAGGGAUUGGUCUGGGAAUUGGAAUUCAACAACAGGAUGAUGACGAGAGCGACAUUAGCGAGGAAGAGUGA